AUGUAUUUUUCGGUAUUACCACCAGCUAACGGAAAGAAGAUGUGGAGAGUUAAAAGAAAGCCUUCUACAUCUUCCGGCUCGGCUUCUAACAGCACCUCUAUUGAAUGUUUAAACAACUCAUUGAAGAUUAGUACUGCUGCUGCUUCAUACGUUGUCAAGAGACCACCAUUAAGAAGACCAAAGAACAAGCCAGGUAAGCCAAAGGAUUUUGUCUUUGUUGACUUGUCUCCAGUUAAGAGCGAGGAACAGGAAGUUGUACCAAAAGUUUCAGCCAAGUCUACUUCCAACACUCUUCCAUUACAUCAAGCAAUGCCAUCUCCAACUUCAUCUGUUGAAGACAGUGUCAAUUCUUCCAUCUUUGACUUUACUCAAUGGGAUGACAGCUUCAACUUAACUGAAGAAGGAGCAUUAGCUACUGCUACUACUACUACUGAAGGUGAAAAGGAAGUUCUUCUUGGUUUAGGGAUUCAAUUUGCCGGCUUAGAGCAAUGGACUGAACAACAAGAGGCAGCACAACCAAUGCCUGAAGCUCUUAACAACAGUAUUGAGCAAGGCUCAAAUUUUACCGAUCCUUUCAACUGGUUUGGUACAUCUUCCAUUCCUGAAUACCCCACACAAAGAUCCAGUUCGAUGUCAAACACAGCUACUAAUCAACAAAGUCCAACUCAUAAGAGACUGAUGUCUGCCGUAGAAUACUCCAACAAGAGACAACACUUCGAAACUCCGAAGAUAAACAGUACUGCAGUAUUUUCAAAUUCUCCAGUACGUAACAGAGUUAUUUACCAUGAACCACACACUAGCAUAUUGGAAACUCCCAAAUUAGGAUUGGAUGACUUCUUAAUGCUCAACUACCAAUUUAGAUCAGCCUUACUCGAACAACCUUCUGUCUCACAACAACAACAACAACAACAACAACAACAACAACAACAACAACCUAUAACUACUUACCAACAAGAACCAUUGGUGUACUCUCCACUUUCUGAGUACUCUGAAGAUGAUUCCUUGGGAAAACCAAUUGGUGAUUUCGAUGCAGCACUCAUGAAAGAUCUCAACCUUACCUCAUAUAUCAAGUCCGAAGACUUGGAACUUGGUAACUUUGUUACUUUCUAA